GCCAAGAUGGUUGUCGGAGCCUUCCCUAUCGCCAAGCUGCUGUAUCUGGGGGUACGGCAGAUGAGUAAACCGGUGGCUAACCGGAUUAAGGCAGGGGCUCGGAGAAGCGAGUUCUUCAAGAAUUAUGUCUGCCUGCCCCCGGCGCAACUGUACCAUUGGAUUGAGAUGAGGACGAAAAUGCGGAUCAUGGGAUUCCGGGGUGCGGCCAUAAAGCCCUUAAACGAAGAGGCAGCAGCCGAGUUGGGGGCAGAGCUUUUGGGUGAAGCUGUCAUCUUCGUGGUGGGCGGGGCCUGCAUGGUUCUGGAGUACAGCCGGCAGGCUGCAAACUCGCGCCGCAAGGAGGAGGAGCUCAACCAGAACAUCAACAGCCUGCAGACACAGCUGGCAGAACUGACCCUGGUCACCGAGACCCUGGACGCACAGCUGAGAGAGGUCAACAGGCUACUGCUGUCACUGCCUGCUCCCACUAACAAAUAGCUGGGAGGUCCUCACUGGUCCUUCUGGGGCUGGUUUAGUCUGUAUGUGGAGAGUGGGUGUACCGCAGUUUAGUAGUGCCAUGCACACAGCUGUGCCUUGGCAGCAGCACUGCCAAACACCCAGCUGCUCUCUCUUUACCCCCCCUGAGCUGAGCAUGAAUGGACAAGAGUGAACUGCUCUGGGGAUUACUGUGUGAUUGGCACUUACAAGCGCAACUGACUGUCUGCUAACAUUAUCAUUAAUUUCUGUGGCUGAUGCACGUGUUAUUUGACAACACACGUGCUACUGCAGGCAGAACCCUCACCUGAGGCCUCCAAACCAUUAACACUGGGAAACAAAUGAAUAGUUUGAACCUCUCAGGUGUUUCAAAGAUGUACAUUUUGAUGGUCAAAUAAGGUGAAGUAAAAUGAUGCACUUAUGCUUGGAAAAAAAUGUUUGAGUGUUUGAUUUCUUUGUUUGGAUAAUGUUUGUACUAUUUAGAAUGAACCGUGGCAGGAAUUCCAUUGUUCUCUUGUCUGUCCUGUAGGUUAGGUCUGCUUCAUGAUAACAUUUGAUUAAACUGUCAGCCAGGGGUUCCUGGUGUGUCCCACAAAGGUUUAACUCAUGUCCCACAUAAUGCAGUAGCAAU